CGGUAUAACGAAAUUCACGAUUGCGCGUGCCAGAACAGUCAACUGUAACUCGCUGCGAGGCGUCACACGGAGUUCGACGUGUUCCAGAAGAGAAUAUAAAAACGCAUUAACUGGUGAUGAAAUUACAUAUGUCACAAUGUUCAGCUCGACCUUUCAGAAAUUACAGUUCCUGUAUAAACCGUAUGCGUUGGCAAUAGUUUCCAUUGGAUACGUACUUGGGGAGCUAGGUCAUUAUUUAAUUGGUGUCACAAGUAAAGCCACUGCGGAAGAUUUACAUUAUGGUGACAUUUCUUGCCAGUUAAACUCGACAACAUUAUCCCUCAUAGAGCUACCGGUUCAAUGCGAGGCUGCCGAGAACGCAAGCUACUGCGAGUCCCUGGAGCUGAACGGCACCCACUAUUGCGAAUGGAACUACAAUGGCCUUGGUUUGGACUAUCAAAUCUUGGCGGGUCCAAGUUUCAUCGCCGUGUUCACGAUCGUCGGCGUCAUCUUGGGUAUCGCCGCUGAUAAAUAUAACAGGGUAAGGUUGUUAGCUGUCUGCACCCUGAUCUUCAGUAUCGCGAUAGUUUUGAUGGGAUCAGUUACCCAGUACUGGCAGCUAGUUGUUCUUCGUAUGAUACUGGCAGCAGGGGAGGCAGGAUGCAAUCCUUUGGCCACAGGUUUACUGUCAGACUGGUUCAAUGAAGAACAACGAGGACUUGUCAUGUCGAUUUUUAACUGGGGCAUUUACGGUGGUUAUGGUAUCGCGUUUCCUGUUGGCCGAUACAUACCAAAAUUAAAUAUUGGUAACUUGGGAUGGAGGGCGUGUUAUUACGGGGCUGGAAUAAUCGGGCUGAUUAUAACAGCGUUCACUUUGACGUUAUCCGAACCGGAGAGAAAGACGAUCGGCGAAGAGGAAACGAACAAGGAUGCGAAAAAAAUGCGGAUUUGGAAGGCGAUCCUGCAACCGAGGAUCCUGCUCCUGUGUCUGGCUGCGAGCAUCAGACAUUGCGGUGGCAUGUGUUUCGCUUAUAAUUGCGAUCUCUACUAUAGAGAUUACUUCCCUGAUUACGAUCUUGGCUGGUGGUUGUUCGCCGUGACGAUUGUGAUCGGCAGCAUCGGUGUCGUAGUCGGCGGCGUUGUCAGCGAUAAGUUCGUAGCGAAAAUGGGAAUCAGAUCGAGGGUGGCUUGCCUCGCUAUCAGCCAGAUAAUAGCAACUCCGUUUGCGUUUGGUUCUGUUUACUUUAAUCCCUUGUGGGCGAUGAUCACCCUUGGUAUUUCUUACUUCUUUGCCGAAAUGUGGUUUGGCAUUGUAUUCGCCGUAGUAGUGGAGAUAGUUCCUUUGCACCUGAGGUCAACCACUAUUGGUGCUUUCUUGUUUGUGAUGAACAAUAUCGGUGGAAAUUUGCCGAUACUCGUUGAACCGACCAGGAGGGCCAUUGGCUUCCGAGAAUCACUUUAUAUCUUUUACGCUGGAUUUUAUGGCAUCAGCUCCAUCAUGUUCUUCUUCACAAUGUUCUUGAUGGAGGGCUCCAAAGAAGAGUCAAAGAAGUCCGUGGUUACCACCAAACCAGAACUAGCAUACGAUAACACUAUGUUUACCCAUGACGAAGGAAACAUACCGACUUUAGAAUUGCCGCGGUUAUAUCCGCCAUCGCCGCGCCGAUUCGAGAACUCUAGGCUAUAAUGUACUUACCUAUGUACAAUUCACGAAUUUGUAAAUAGCAUCUGAAGCGAUUCAAACGACUGUACAAUUGAAUCUCGCUGCCUGUAGCAGUAAAACGCCGAACACGUUGCCUCUACGCCCAACGAAACACCUUGCUGUAAAUAAAGUACACUGCAGAGGCUCACCGAAUUCACGUUAUUAAACGCUUGGAGCCCUCGUUCGCAGUACGUCCACGGCAAGAACGCAAGCCGAUUUAUUUAUUCAAUAAGAAGAGAAAGCGAAGAACAAAGAAGACACGGCAGUGUUGCGGUAAGAUGCGCGGAAAACAAACAAGAGGCGGCGGAAUGAAUAUUUUCAACUUCUGUAGUUUUUUUAACACGUUCUUACGUGAUCGAGGAGCAUCGGAGUUUCAAAGUAUUCUUAUUUUCGCUGCAGGACACGCGAAAACAAAAUCAAAUACGAAUCGGUUCACCUUCGGUUGUACUUACCCUAUUCACUGGAAACAUCCUAUUAGUAAGUUCCACAAAUGCUUUCGUAAACGUUUUGUGUAAAAAUAUAAGAAUUUUUAUUCUGACUUUGAAAGGUCUUUUUAUUUCGUUGUUCUCGAUGCGGGGUGAUCUUGGAUCAUUUGAAUGAGAACGACCAUGAUUGGCGCGGAACAGGAAAAUCGUUGCAAUAUUUAUUAAUUGUUUUCACGUCGAUACGCAGAAUUGUGACUAUUGACCGCGAAUCUUUGUGCAAAAUAAGUUUUCUCAGAGUUCGCAUGAAUUGGAAUAUGCAGAAGUUUGCUUCUUCCGUCAAUGAUUUUGAGGAGUCGAUCUGGUACGACCGAUUCAAAUAGUGGUGCAUUUUUGGAAAUUGAUUUUCAAGUGACAUUUGUUUCAUCAAUGUUCUUUAGUAAAAGUGAAGGCAUGUAUAUAAUUUUACUUUUACAUUGUUUCUUUAAAAAGUUCUCGAUAAGUAAUUGGAUACGCGAUUGAAUAGGAAAUAACAAGAUGGCGACACUUUGAAGCAAAGUUCACUUUCAUAGUCAAUCUGAUUUUUAUGCAAGGAAACGACUCUGUUCUACUUAAAAUGGAAAAUAAUGAAAUCGAUAUCUGUUGUGGUAUAGGAAAAAACAAUUCGUAAUUUUUUAACUGAUACACCCUAUAGAAUCGAGGUGGGAGAUAUAUACUAUUUGAACAAAGCUAUUGACAAUGAAUUUUCGUCGAUCAAAAUAGUAUUGGGCAAUUUUAAUGCAACCCUUCCGUAUGACCUCUCAUCUUUUUAAAAAAAUUAAUUUUUUAUCACGUAUUCAGACGAGUAUCGAUUACCUAGGUACGAAAAUAUAAAAAUUGACUCAAAAUGAAAAGGUAAUUCAUAGUUUCAUCUCUAGUAUAAGUUGCAAAUCAUAGUUCAUUCGACGCAAUUUAUUUUCCACGAGUAUACACCGAAUUAUAUGUUCGAACAAAAAGAUUCAAUAAUUGUAUUGACAUAUGUUACAUAACAAAUGUGUCGCAUCGAAGUGAAAGAAAAACGUUCUCUGUAUAGAUAAGAUUUCUAAUUAAAGAAACACUUCCAAGCUAUAAAACGUUUUAUGAUGGUUUUACUGAUCAGUGGCAGGACAAGAAGAUACAAGUCGGUUUUAUCAUUUUAAUGUAUUAAAAAUAACUCGUUUCCUAUACAUGUGUACAUGUGUCCACAGGGGUACGGAAGGUACAUGUUUAAACACACGCACACAGGACACAUUAACGCGGCAGCGAUGCGAUACGCGAUAUACAGUAAAUUCGAUAUCGAGACUCACUAUCGCAUCGCUAUUUAUGUACAGUUUAUUUAAUAUAAAUAAAAAAGAUACUCGCAUUUGUAAUGUACAAAAUAGUGGGAAAGUAUCCUUGACGAUUCAAGACGUCACGUAAAACUUGUCAUGAAGUGUGUACAUAUUUACAUGGUCGUGAUUUGCGAAACACAUCUUGACAUGUUCAUCAAUAAAUAGGCCAUCCAACAGUUAUUACAAUGUAAAGUGCCGCGAUCCUAGUUACAUUUCUACGGUUACCACACACCGUUUCCAAACGACUGGUUCUCAUACGGUUCGUAAACAGAAAUGAGAAGAUUGCACAGAACAAAAUUCAUACUCAUAAAUCAUACUUUUAAUCAUUAGAUAUUCAGAUAUCUGAAAACAUACAGCUCAUAAAUAGAACAUCCGAAAGACGACUAAUCAACUGGAGAUUUUUACGCAUUUACUGUUUAUUAAUUUUUUAAAAUUAUUCUUAACCAAUUGGAGUUCUUAAUGCAUUUAAAAAUAAUGUGCAGCAUUAUUUCAAAAAAAAAAUUCUAUUUUAUCUGAAUUUAGUGAUUCUUCACUAAACACUGCAGUUCAACGGUUAUUUCUGAACGGAUGUUCACCAAAGUUGUUUCCAUUCCUUUCUACAAGCUCUAUUUGUCAAUUUUUCUCAAUUCCUGCAGUUCUCAAACAUCCUAUACACAUAAAUACAUAUAUUCAAUGACUCUUUACAACACGGUACAUCGAUGUUAUCGCAUAAAUAAAUACAAGAAAUACAUCUUCAGUACGACUUUAUAAAUAUUCAUGUAUCCUAAUACUUACACAGUCUAACUGCAUAAAUAUUAAAUAACUUAGAAUAAUAUACAACGGUGUUGUCCGACAUAAGCUUCUCACGGAACAAAGCUUUAGGGUCAUCUAUCUCCGCGUGGGUCUCCUAUCUUACUAGCGUUAUGUCUCUCACUUUGUUUCCAUGUGAAGAUGAAAAUGAUAUGUUAUAAAAUGGAUCUCACGAAAAUAGUGCUAUCGUAAAACAUUAUUAAUUUUUCGUUUCUAAGCAAAACACUUCUAUAAAUUCUGAUCGUAAACUGGUACGCAGAACUUAAUUGAAAAAUUUAAAGCGUAAAAUUAUAGUUAAAUACGAUAAUUUGUUGAUUAAAAAAUUGAAGACAAUGAGCAAAUUGUUCAAUGAACGUUAUAUAGUAUAUACAAAGGAAUACACGUUUUGAUGUAAAAGAAUUCUAUUUGCAAACGUAUGUAAUCCAGUUUGUUUUAAUCGGUAAUUUAAUUUUUUCUCUAAUCUAUAGGUGAACAUUUCUGAAGUUUAAAAAACUUGAAAAAUUGUCUAGACAACAAAUGAGCUCAAAUACGACAUUACUAUAAUAUGAUAUAUACCUCAAAGGAAGUCACGUCUAAGCUCACUUCUCGUUAAGAAAACGUUGUGACUAGAUCGGAGGGUUUUUUCGUGAAUGUAAAACGAGAAAGAUGAAUGUUGAUUCUGAUCUACAUAUGACCGUUAACACAUUCGUUGUCACGUACCUGUGACGUUCCUAUUUAUAGUCCGAAGCAUUGAGACAUCGAUGGGAGACGGGCAAUAAAGUGAUCGCAACGCUGUAUAAGAUAUAAACACAAAAGUUUCACUCUCAGUUCAUUAACGUUUCCCGACUGUUGAAGGGCAGUCCUUUUAAGUUCUACAAAAAUCGGCACCGUUUGUGAUAUCGAAUGAGAGGAGGUAGUUUAUGACGUCACUUAAGUAAAACAAAGUGACCUUGAUCGGCCGACCAUAUUAACAACUUGGCGUAGACAUAAUUUGUAACCACAUACACGAAGUUUAUCAGUAGAUUGCGGGUAGUUAUGCAUUUUUAUCGAAUUCAAAUCACUCUGAAAGAGAAUCAAGUUCAAUAUCAUUUUUACUACGAUGUAGGCACAUUAAAAUCAACGACAGAGGAAAUAAAGUUCUGUUCAACUCCAGUCUUUGUAUGUUACAAAGAAAACUGUAUUUAGUAUCAAAGAUCCGCGAUCUACUUAUCAAUGUUACUUAUAGCUGCAUUCUUUUAUCUUCACUUAUUAAUCUGAUGCCUUUGAUUCUUAUAAAGUCUUGAAAAAAGUGAAAACAACUUUCCAAGAAAAUUAGUGAAAUCAAAGGACAGAAUUUAAAAAUAUGAUGCAGUCUUCUAGAACUUACGCCUGUACAAUUAGUUACAUGUAGUUAGGCCCGUAGUAAGAAGUCGAGGACAGAGCACAAAUACAUCAAUAUAAAUGUAUAUUCUGCACAAUUAUAGCUAAUAAAUGAAUUAAUACAUGAUGAAAUCCAAAGACAGAUACCGUGCCUUCAGGAUUCUAAGCAGUAAUUAUGGUUGCCAGACAAUAAAUAUAUCGAAUUUUUUUUCUUGUUUUCGAAUUAUUAGUGUCGAAUGUUAUAGAAUUAGGCUAUUGAACUUGUUUCACCAAAAU